CUUGACCGUCGCGUAUUGACGCUAGACCUAUAUAUUAUUUUACUUUCAACUCAUCUUGAAGAAAAUAUUUUGCUAUGUCGUCCGGAGAAGCGCCGACAUCAUCAGCCAGACGUGCGGAUGCCGAAGACGAGCGCUUGAAGAGUGCGACUAGCGUUGAAUCAGAGCCUGCAGCGAGCUCGGCACCCAAGGACUCAAAUGUUACGGACAGCGAAGAGGGAGCUGGGGACGAUUUGUCUCGGUGUCCCAUCUGUCAAUUUAUAGAGGCAGGGGAGUGCAAGUCACAGCAUCAGGAGUGGGUGGCUUGCCGCAGCCAAGCCAAGGCAGCCGGGUUGGACUACAUCGACGAGUGCCAGGACCAUUUCAAGACCUUCCUUCAGUGCGCCAUCGAGCACCGAGACUACUACGCGCCCUUCCUGGAGAUGCUGGGUGGGCUGUCGGAGGAGGAGGUGGAGGCGGACACGCAGGCGGCGCGCGCGAGGGCGGAAGGCGAGGGGCAGGAGGGGGAGACGGGAGGGGAGGAGGGGAUAAAGGAGAACAGCAGCUCGUAAACUAGCUGUGGGGGCGGUGAAGGCGGGCCUCCCGCGGGACGAGACGCAGCAGGAGGGGCGGUUUGAAAGCAGCAGCGUCAGCGGCACGGGUGGUGGUGGCAGCAG